GAGAGAGGGAGGAGCCGUGCGCAUGCGCAUGCACAGGCAGUUUCAGCAUCUGCUGAAGACCUCGGAGGGUCCUGCCCCUAAAGCAUCUGUGUCCUCCCGGGAAGCCCUUCCUCCAGGGAACUCUGAAGAUAGAUCUUUGUAGCUCUACCACCUCAACAUAGUGAUGCAUGUCCAAAGAGUUGUACUGAAUUCCCGACCUGGAACACAUGGCACACCAGUGGCAGAGAAUUUCCGUACAGAAGAGGCUGAUUUACCAGAUAAAUUAAAUGUGGGACAAGUAAAAGCCAGAACUCUUUAUCUCUCUGUGGAUCCUUAUAUGCGUAUUAGAAUGAAUGAUUACACUGGUAUUGACUUUAUGAAGCCUUGGCAGCUGUCUGAAGUGCUUGAUGGUGGAGGUGUUGGAAUUAUAGAAGAGAGUCAACAUACAAAUUGGGCUAAAGGUGAUUUUGCGACUUGUCUUAAUUGGCCCUGGCAGACUAAGGCUAUUUUAGAGGGAAACACCCUUGAAAAGGUAGACCCACAACUUGCAGAUGGACACCUUUCUUACUUUCUUGGUGCUAUUGGUAUAAUGGGAUUGACUUCUUUGCUUGGAAUUAAAGAAAAAGGUCAUAUAAGUGUUGGAUCCAACCAGACAAUGGUUGUCAGUGGAGCUGCAGGUGCUUGUGGAUCAUUGGCUGGCCAGAUUGGCCGUUUGGAAGGCUGUUCCAGAGUGGUGGGAAUUUGUGGAACAGAUGAGAAGUGCUCCAUCUUGGUCUCAGAACUGGGCUUUGAUGCUGCAAUUAAUUAUAAGAAAGGGAAUGUGGCAGAAGAACUCCGCAAGGUGUGCCCAUCUGGAGUGGACGUUUACUUUGACAAUGUUGGUGGUGACAUCAGCGAUACUGUUAUACGCCAGAUGAAUCAGAACAGCCAUAUUAUCCUGUGUGGCCAGAUCUCUCAGUACAAUAAUAAUAUGCCUCAUCUUCCCCCAUUGCUUCCUGAAAUAGAGUCAAUUCUGAAAACAAAAAACAUCACAAGGGAACCGUUUGGGGUGCUUGAACACAAGGACAAAUUUGAGUCUGGAAUUCUACAACUGAGUCAGUGGUUUAAAGAAGGAAAAUUAAAGGUUAGAGAGACAGUGAUCAAUGGCUUGGAAAACAUGGGAGUUGCCUUCCAAUCUGUGAUGACAGGAGGCAAUAUUGGGAAACAAAUCGUUCGUAUUUCUGAAUAAAAAUCUCUGUCCUUUCAUUGGAUUACACAUGAACAAGAACAUCAAGCAGAUUUCUUUGCAAUUCUAGCAAGAGAGAUUUUAAAGUCUGUCAAUAGAUUUAUUAGAUUAAUUAAACUAACUUUUCUUUUGUUUCAUUUCAUUUCAUAUUUGCAGCAUUGGUGAUAGCUUUAAUGAUA